GGAUAUAUUAGGAUAAUGCUCACAUAAAUCUUUAGGACCAAUUAAAGGCCAUUUGCCAACGCACGUGAGGUGUGCUGCCAAUAAACAACAUCCAGGCGAAUCCAUACGAGAUACGAUUAGUUUCGAGUUGCCACACGCAAUAUGGGAGCGUAUCGGGAUUCGAACAGUUGCGGAAGAUUUCUGUCGAAUCUGGUGCUUUUCCUGGUGUAUCCUUGCGUGUGCUGCUGGCAGUUCCUGAACCGGACUUUCGCCGUCCAGCCCUGGGACCGGCCGAGGCCCAUGUCCGGGGACGGCUUGGAGGACGAAACGGACCUGGACGAGUACGAUGUUCACCUGCAACGGCAAGGAUUAUUGCGGGGUUCAACGUUGGUGCAGCGACAGGUGCAACUAACGACCACGACCCAGGCCAAUACGAGCGGGAGUGAGGAGUUGGAAGAGCUAUCCAAACUGUUGACUCAGACUGGAGAGAGUGACCGGGAGGAUGAGGGGGACAGGUAUCCGGGCCGGUACAGUAAUACUGAGGACGAGGCCAUCGACACCCGGUACGUGCUGAAUGUGAUGAACGAGAGUCGGAAAUCGUUGCGAGCGGUGCAUUCAUCGAGUUCCCCCGGAACCAGCGGCAUUCGAUCACGGAGAAGACACCGCUCAAACGAAUCGAGACCGAGCUGACCAGCUGGUGGCUGACCUGCUGGGGGCCAAAAUCGUGUUCCGUCGGCUGGAGGCUUCCUGUGGCCGGGUCGUAAUGCCGGAGGGUUAUCCGUACAGCCUGCAGGGUUUCUUCAUUGCUGUCGGACCAGAGCGGUACCAGUUCUUCACGCAUGCCUCGCUGAAGCAGUUUUGGACUGUUGAGGAGAGAACGUCGCAAGUGGUGCAAAUUGAACCACGGGUUUUGUGUUCGGGAACUUUUACACAGACUUACAAUUCAAACGUGGAAGUUUGGCUAGCGAGUGAUUUGUCCGUUCAACCGAAGCAAGGAGCACCCGUAAUUAACGUUGAAUACCAAUGAUUGAGAGUUUUGUUGUGAAGUGUAAACUGAAGAAUGAUAAUGUUUAUACAUA